ACAUACGCACCAGGUCCAAAAUGGCGUGCUAUCAUCUACUCCUCCUCUUCCCAAUCUCCAUCACCAUUCUCACCGUCGUAAUCACUUCCCGAUUUCUCGCCGCCGCUGCAUCUCCCAAAAAGCCGCUUCCGCCGGGUCCAAAACCAUGGCCGAUCAUCGGAAACCUCCCUCACAUGGGGAAAAAACCUCACAUCUCCUUCCGAAACUUGUCCAACAUCUACGGCCCUCUCAUAUCCCUCCGCCUCGGCUCGCAGCUCCUCGUCGUCGUAUCUUCCCCGGCCGCCGCCUCCGAGGUCUUGAAAACACACGACCGCCUCUUCUCCGGAAGAUACGUCCCGAGAGCGCUGCCUUACGACACGGCGGAGCUCGACCGCAAGGCGGUCGUAUGGGCGUCAAACUGCAACGACCAAUGGAAGGCCUUUCGAGCCAUGUUUCGAAACGAGAUCUUCUCGGCUAAGGCGAUUGAAUCUCAAGCAGCCGUCAGGGAGAAGAAGGUUGCCGAGAUGGUGCAAUUUCUCGGUGGGAAGUUAGGGGAAUCGGUUUGUAUCAGGGAAGUGGUUUUCGCUACUAUAUUUGAUAUGUUGUCCAAUCUCAUUUUUUCCCGAGAUUUCAUCGGGUUUGAAAGGAAUGAGAACGCGAAUAGACUGAAAUCACUGAUUCAGAGGUUGAUAGAAUUAGGGGUUUCCCCCAAUCUCGCCGAUUUUUUUCCAGUUCUGAAGAAUUUGGAUCCCCAGGGUUUGAGACGCGAGGCAACUACUCGUUGCAAUGAGCUCUACUCUCUUUGGCAACGUGACGUCAAAGAGAGGAGAGAGCGCGGCGGGGAGAGAGAGCGAUCUGAUGUUACUAAAGAUUUUUUGGAUAUUCUUCUGGAAAAUGGACUCGAUGAUGACCAAGUUGACUGGUUGAGUCUCGAAUUGUUCACUGCUGGAACGGACACUAACACGGCCACAAUAGAAUGGGCGAUGACAGAGUUGAUUCGAAAUAGGGGAGUGAUGAAUAAGUUGCGGGAGGAGCUAAAGAGUGAAGUGUUGCCACUCAUAUCGGGAAAACCGUUGAUUGACGAAGCCAUGACGUCUCGACUUCCUUAUUUGAAUGCAAUCGUGAAGGAGACGCUGAGACUACAUCCGCCGGUGUCGUUGCUGCCGCCGCACCGAGCUUCAGAAUCUUGCGAGCUAUUGAAUUACACAAUCCCAGAGGGGGCUUAUAUUACAGUCAACGUGUGGGCAAUAGGGAGGGAUCCAACGGUGUGGGAUGAUGAUCCGGGGACGUUUAAGCCCGAGAGGUUUAUCGGGUCAAAGAUUGAUUUUAGAGCACAACAUUUUGAGUUGGUGCCAUUUGGUGGUGGGAGGAGGAUGUGCCCGGGGAUGUCAUUGUCCGCAAGGCUGAUUCCACUAGUUUUGGCUGCUUUGGUUCAUAACUUCGAUUGGUGUCUUCCCAACGAAGUAGAUCCGGCAAAAUUGGAUAUGAGUGAGAAAUUCGGGUUGGCAUUGCAAAAGGAACUUCCUCUUCUUCUGAUUCCCCGUCAGAGUUUAUUUUAAGUCCUUUGAUGUUGCUCUUGGAUGUUAUUAGUGGCUAAUUAAUAUUCAAUGUUAUUAGUUAGUAGAUGGCAAACGAUGAUCCAAGAUGUUACAGCAACCCUCGGUCAAUAAAUUCUUCACUAUCACAAUCGGAAAAUGUGCAUAGAUCUAUAGUCGUCUGCAAUUAUCCUGAAAUAUUCAUAACUAACUACAGUUUUAAUUUACGAAUAUUUGAUUACUAUUAUAGGAAAUAAUUUACUUAACUUCAUGUUAUAUAGAUAGAAAAAACAAUCACGCCUAGCACUCGCUACCAACUACACUACUAACAAAGGUAAAGUGUAACUAAUGAAAAGGACUGCAAUAUAGUGACACAAGUAAUAAAUUUAUCAUAUCCUUGGAUCUCUAGACUUUUUUUUUUUUUGAGGGAACUUUGGAUCUCUAGACUUACUAUUACUGGACCUCAGUUAAUUAUUUAGUAGAUAAGAAUUUCAUGUUGAAUAACUAUACUACUGGGCAAAUAUACUAAAGUUGGACUACUAAUUACAGAUUGGUACCUCACUCGGGUAUUGAUUCCUCAUAGCCACUAGCCGGACUAAUGAUUGAUAAUUCUCUAACUUAUUCCACUUCAUUCAUAAUGCAGAAAUUCCUUGACUCAGCCUUGAAUCUCGAAUUCUCUAUCAAAACAAUCAAGACCCUCUUGAGUUGGUUGCUUAGAGGGACGCAACUUUCUCUAAAAGAACCGAUCAAGGCGUUCUACACUAGAAUCCCUCUAUUGGGUGAGGUUCUCACUCAAUACAAAGUAUUGAAUCAAUUCACCAUCGUGUAAUUGAUUCCCUACUUUCAAUCUAUGAUGCUCUAUGGAUUUAAUCAGGUAUUUCCUCUCAUAGUAUCAAAGCAGAAUCAACCAUCUAAAUUAAAGCAUAAUGAACAUGAAUCAUGAAAAGAAGUUUAUCUUCCAAACGUUUCUCUUCACUUACUUGUACCCAUGGUUAAUGUAAAGAAGUUUAUGCAAUAAUUGUCAUCGUUUAUUGUUCCUCAUAUAUAUUAUUUUAUGAAGAUUCAUUAUAUAUAUAUGGUAGUCACCUAUAAGGAAAAUUAUCCAUUCAUUAGAGGCAAAUAAUGGCUACGAACUUAUAUAAAUGAAAUGUAAUUGCUUGAUAAAAUUAAUUUUAGAAUAAAAGACAUUAGCCUCCAUAUAUAAUUUUAGCGGCACAUAAUUAUGCCUUAAUGGUUGGAUACUAUCGCAAAUAAAAUUGGCAUUAGCAGCUAAAACAUUUCCCCAUUAAAUCUCUAAGCAACCACAAAUAAUAUAUGCCACUAUAUGGCUAUAGCCAGCGGAGUAUUUGAGGUAAAAGUAUAAUAUGCCUCUAAACAUAUACAGAAGCAACUUAAUCCAAUCAACUGUAGUCUAUACAAAGAUGAGAGAACUGCUUCAGACUGUCAACCCGGGUUGACCCGGAUCCGGUUGAGCUAGUGGGUCAAGGGUUAAUAGGUCACCCAUUUUAGCUCGGUUUAGCCCGGAAAUAUGGGAAGCGUCAUUAUAUUGUACUUAUCCUGAUAAAUUAUAUCAAAUCUCAUCUAACAUAUGAGUUAUAACAUAUAAUAUUACACCAAAAUAACAUUUCGUACUUAGAUUCAACAUAUAGUGAAAAUUCACACACACUUAUAUAACAUUAAUAUUCAAAUGUUCAACUUAGGAUUCCAAAGAUUGAGUUAGGCAAAAUGAAAAAUCGAAAAAUAGAUGCAUUUCGCAAAACAAAGAAAAAAAUGACACAAUUUGACCUCCAACCCGGUACCUUAUAGUGGUCGACCCGGCGAGUGCGUGCGGCCCAUUUUUCUCACCGGGUCAGGGUGAAAGUGGGUCAACCCCUGGUUGACAACCUUGGAAAACAUAGCCGAUCCAACACAUAUAAUAUAACUCUCAUAGAGUAAGAGACUAAAUGUGAACAGGAGCC